AACAUGAGUGGGCACUGCUGGGCAGGGAAGCAGCUGAAUAUACGCGAGCCGUGACCUGCAAUUUUUCCUUUUCAUUUCUUGACAUAUACUGACGAGAACAUUCUACAACCGCCAAAAAUACGAGGAACCGGUGCACUCGCGGUUUUCAAUGCCUGAGAUAAAAACAAGUUUUGUAGCCUGGUGUUAGCUCAUGGAACUGAGCGGUUAGCUUGGAGGCUAGCUAGGUAGCAUCUCAGCCGCUGGAUCUCCUUACUAUGGACGCUUGUCUGUCGGCGAAAUUCCACUUCUGGUAUACCUACACAUUUAAAUAAGUUAUGACGCGGUUUAUUUCUGUUUUAAUAGCUACAUGAUUCAGGUUUAGCUUCUUGCGUGUCUGAUAGUAGUGCUAGCUCGCAGCCAGGAACUGUUCACUGCUUCACGGAGCAACUAAAGUAGCUAUUGAUUUUUAAUGUUGCAGUGCGUAGACGAGUCACUUAAAGCUAACGGUCAUUGCAACUUCUUGCAACCUCUUAGAGCGACGGCAUUACUUAUCCUAUGGAAAAACAAUUAUGACUGCAUGGAUGUCUGAAGCAGGAGAAUGAGUGGGCGCUUGGAAGUGAGAGGAUGCCACCAGCUUUCACCGAAGACUGUCCAGCUUAACAUAUCGAUUAGCUGACUAAUAACUGCUGGAGAGGUCUGGGAAGCACACAGUCCGUGUGUGAGAAGCUCCUGCUCUUCAUCAAGUAGUCUGGUGCAGCUCUUAUGUCCAAUGGCUGCUGUUAGCGGUGUCAACAUGCUGUCCCAGCUCGGAGCCGUAGCAUUGGCAGGUCCAGGAGUAGCAGCGCUGCCCGCCGUGUCCUUUUCCAACACAUCGGUGCCCACCAGUCCGACGCCAGGUCCUGAUAACCGGGGGUGUGAGAAUGGCGCCUUAAUGGACUCGUUAGGGAUUUUCCUGCAAGGACUUCUGGCGGUGAUGGCUUUCAGCACGCUGAUGUUGAAACGCUUCAGGGAGCCAAAACAUGAGAGAAGACCCUGGAGGAUCUGGUUCCUGGACACCUCAAAACAGGCCAUUGGGAUGCUGUUCAUCCACUUUGCCAAUGUCUACUUGUCAGACCUCACAGAGGAGGAUCCUUGCUCACUAUACCUCAUUAACUUCCUGUUGGAUGCUUCUCUGGGAAUGUUGCUGAUCUAUGCCGGGGUGAGAGCUGUCAGUGCUAUUGUAGAGUGGAGGCAGUGGGACUCUCUGCGUUUUGGAGAAUAUGGAGAGCCAGUGCAGUGCACAGCAUGGUUGGGCCAGUGUAUCCUCUACAUCCUCAUCAUGAUGUUUGAGAAAGUCCUCAUCAUGCUGGUCCUCCUCAUCCCCCAGUGGAAGAAGCUGGCUCUCCUCAACCCCAUAGAGAAUCCGGAGCUGGAGCUGGCCAUCGUCAUGCUCAUCGUUCCGUUCUUCAUCAAUGCCCUCAUGUUCUGGGUGGUAGAUAAUUUCCUAAUGAAGAAGCACAGGACAAAAGCAAAGCUGGAGGAGAGAGAGGAAGACUCACGGGGUAACAGCAAAGUGCGCUACAGACGAGCUUUGUCCCAUGAUGACUCAGAGUCAGAGAUCCUUUUCUCAGCAGACGAUGAAAUGGAUGAGUCGGACGAAGAUGAUGUUCGUCGACUCACCGGCCUGAAGACAGUGAAGAAGAAGAAGCUUCGCAUGGGGAUCCCUGUUUGACCCAUGUGCCUGGCUAAACUGCUAGGAUCAGAUUUCCUCUGGUUGCUGUUCACCUUGCAGGCCCACAUAUACAUUCCCCAUACCUCCACAGGUUCUGUGUCAGCCUUGGAGUUGGCACAAUCUUUUCAAACAUAGGAUGACAGAAGAAAAUACUGUAAUUGAUUUCCCGUUAAUGUUGACUCCUGGAGGACUUCUGUAUUUCGCACUGGGAGAUAUUUUUGCAGCCAAACAGGUACUUCGGAUCACUGUUCAUUUUGAUAUGGUACAAGUAGUGUUUAUAGACACAGUUUGGGGAAAAAAUUGUACCAUAAACAAACCCAAUAUGGUUUUAUCCUUUAUGUACGUAUAAUAGAAAACAUUAACACUGGUUUAAUACUGUUUGGACUUAAGUGGCACUGUGUAUGGGCGCAGUGGUCCAGGAUAAGGUUGGACAAAUCUAAAUGGCCACAACGGAACCAAACAUGAUGCAAACAAACUGUUCAAUGACUUUGUUACAUUUGAUAGCCUAACAUGUCCUCUAAGUGAUUGUAUUCCUGAUGUUGAUUCUAUGUAAACUUUGUCUUUGUUUUCUCAUAUAGAUGUACCACCAUGGCCUGUGAUGCGUGUGUGUACUUGUGUGUGAGAGGGUGUGUACAGUUGGACCAACCUCAAAAUCUAGAGAAGCAUAACAUCAGUGUUUGAAUCACUGUAUUGAUGCAACUCUUGAAACUUUCCAGCACAGAUACACACUUAACUACUGCAUAUCUUGUAUGUAAUUUUAUCCAUUUCAAAGGGAGCACAUUAAUGCUUGCAGCAACCUUCCAAUUUUAUCUCCCGACAGACUUCUUUCAACUGUUAAACCUGUAGGACUGCAAGCACCACACUGCAACAACCCUCUAAUAUCAGCUCCGCAUGUGUCGUCUGUGUGUUGACACAAAGACUGCAGUCUCAUUUUGUUUGUGACUGUUUUACUAAUGUGCUCUGUGUGUUAUUUGUCUUUGAAUGUUGUUUGUCCCAUUUAAGUUGUGGGCUUUUUUCUUUUUUGUAUAGUUUUGAGUGUUAUUUUUCGGGCCAAAAAGGUGACUAUGCUUGUUCCAAAAGUGUUCUUUAUUCCUUAUAUCCAACAGGGAGAGUAGAUAUGGGAACUAUUCUUGCACAAUUUCCCAUUUAUCACAGCUUUCACCUUUUCCUUUUGUGUUUGUGUGAUUCAAUUUUGUUACAAUAAUGUGCCUGAGUGAAAUUACCAGCAGGUGUUUUUGUGUUUUUGUUGGUUUGAUUUACUUUUGUUUUGUUUUGUUUUUCUCUGACGGUUUUAACCAGAGCUCCAGAUGUUCAGGCAUGAAGCAGCAUUCAGCAGGCUCUGAUGUUAAGAAUGUGACAUGCAUAGACCUCUAAACUGUUAAGUAAGUGUGGACCAGACAGUCGGGAGAAAGGGUGUGUGUGUUGUGUGCAUGCCAGUGUAUAUAUACAGUAUACCUGUAUGUACUGACGUGUGUGGAUGCAUGUGUUCAAGUGUGACUGCUGGUCCUCUUUAAAGUAAAUAGAGAGUGACAUAUACUGUGACUGUGACGAGUACGGUGCUGGAGGUGGUGAUGAUGAUGAUUUCAUUUUGAUGUUUUUGGCAUGUUGGCAAGGAAUAAAUGACUGUGCAUUAUAAAGGAGGAAAGUACAGCAUAUUGCAGCAGUUAUAGUAACUCUCAGCUCAGCCAGGACAAAGAGGGCUUUUAGUAUUUUGAAAAGUGAAAACACUAGAUGAUUAUAAAGACAAGUGAUGGAGGUAAAUUAUCAUUCUAAAUGCUUUUCCAAUAAAGGAUGUGAUAAACUA